UUGCAGGCGAAGAAAUAUGCUAUGGAGCAGAGCAUUAAGAGUGUCCUGGUGAAGCAAACCAUAGCUCACCAACAGCAGCAGCUUACUAACCUGCAGAUGGCAGCAGUGACUAUGGGCUUUGGAGAUCCUCUCUCACCCUUUCAAUCGGUCAAUAGAAUAUUAAACUAUUUCUUUCUCUAUGCGCAUUUUUGACACUAUGACAUUUGGUGCUAUGACUGAGUGACAUACCAGGCCAGAUAUACAAAAGCUGAUGACCAGACAUUUGUCUCAGCAUAUUUCAAAAGCAGACAUGGCUUUUUCUGGGGUUGUUUUUCUUUCUUUCUUUCUUUUGUUUGGUUUGUGUAUGUGGUUGGUCACUCAUUUCAUCACAGGUUGCCAGGUCUCACAUGCCUUUUACAGCUCUAUAUUUUGCACUAGUGCAGACUGUAUUUGGGCCCAGGUGUUUUUAGGUGAGAGAAGGAUAUUUUGCUAGCCCGGGUCUACACAACCUCAACCUUUAAAAUGAAUCAACUCUUACUGUGAUCACAUUCCAGUGAUUAUUACCACAUAUAGACUCCAUGUGCGAGUGAGGGUGUGUGUGUGUGUGUGUGCUGGGGAUGUUGCAAAUCCAUGUCUCCUUUGUAAAUAUGCUGUGAACUAUCAGAGCCAGCUUGGUGGGAUGUAUAACAAGGCUAGCCAAGACAAAGCACCCAGCAGCCAAAACAAAACACAUAGGUUUGUUUAGGUAGGGAAACAUUUCCUAACGUUUGUAAUUAAAGGAGGACAAAAAAAAACCUGUGUACAUUAAUUAUUAGGUUAUGUGGUUUGUGCAGAUUCGCCCUUCCUCUUGGAGAAUUCCAGCGUAAGUCCAAAAGCCACCAAAGGAGGCACCUCAGGUUUCAGCUCAUAAUUGUGGUUUUGAUGGUAUGCUUUUGUUGAAAUUGUCUUGUUGGAAACUUUGCACUCCAGGUUAGUCAUAACUGUACAUGUUUUGAAAUGUGUGCUGUGCAGGCUCAAAGUAAAACCCCCCUGAGCUCACUGUUAAACAGAAGGGCUUCUCUGCAUCUACUCUAACUCCCUGGCAUUUAUGCUUAAGUUGUGGCAGCACAGAGGCAGCGAGCUCUCGCCAUCAUGUGCCGCGUCUAUGUGGGCUCCAUCUAUUACGAGCUCGGUGAGGACACCAUCCGGCAGGCUUUCGCGCCGUUCGGCCCAAUCAAGAGCAUCGACAUGUCCUGGGACUCUGUCACCAUGAAACACAAGGGCUUCGCCUUUGUGGAGUACGAGGUGCCUGAGGCUGCUCAGCUGGCUCUGGAGCAGAUGAACUCUGUGGUGCUGGGUGGAAGGAACAUUAAGGUGGGGCGGCCAGGUAACAUCGGACAGGCGCAACCCAUCAUUGACCAGCUGGCAGAGGAGGCACGCGCAUACAAUCGCAUCUAUGUAGCCUCAGUGCACCCGGACCUGUCCGACGACGACAUCAAGAGCGUUUUUGAGGCCUUCGGCAAGAUUAAAUCCUGCAUGCUGGCCCGAGAGCACACUACAGGGAAGCACAAAGGCUACUGCUUCAUCGAAUAUGAAAAGCCCCAGUCAGCAAUAGAUGCAGUGUCCUCCAUGAACCUGUUUGACCUGGGAGGUCAGUACCUGAGGGUGGGGAAGGCCGUGACCCCUCCCAUGCCCCUGCUGACCCCAACCACCCCCGGAGGUUUGCCGCCUGCUGCAGCUGUGGCUGCCGCUGCCGCCACUGCUAAAAUCACAGCCCAGGAGGCUGUUGCAGGGGCAUCCGUGCUGGGCUCUUUGACGUCUCCCGCUCAGCUCCUCAGCCAGCAGAUGGGACUCCCUCAGGCUGUUCUGGCAGCUCAGGCCCCAGGCUUAAUCACAGGUGUCACACCCGUUCGGCCGACUCUGCCCGUGGUGCCUCAGGUGGGGCUGGUAAACCCCGUGUUGGCGUCACCACCCAUCACAACCAGUUCCACAUCCACAGGAACGCCAACAAGCACGACCCAGCAGCAGCCUGAGGUUAAGAGGGAGGUACAGGACAAGCAGCAGGAGAAAGAUGAAGCUCGAGCAGACGCUGUAGAGCAAAGAAGCAUGAAUGAGCAGGAGCAGAUCAGAAGCAGUGAGGGCAGCCCCACAGUCACACACUCAGGGUCUACAGUAAUGGUGUUGCGCAACAUGGUGGGUCCCGAAGACAUAGACGACGACCUGGAGGGGGAGGUGACUGAGGAAUGCGGGAAGUUUGGCACCGUGAAUCGGGUCAUCAUCUACCAGGAACGUCAGGGCGAGGAAGACGACGCCGAGAUCAUUGUUAAGAUCUUCGUGGAGUUUUCCGACAGUGGCGAAAUGAAUAAGGCCAUCCAGGCGCUGAACAACCGGUGGUUUGCGGGUCGUAAGGUCGUGGCCGAAGUCUACGAUCAGGAGCGUUUCAAUAAAAGCGACCUUUCGGCAUAAGACUGACCAAUUCCCUGUCCACCCGCUCAAACUCAUUCAGCCUCCACCACUGCUGCUCGAGUUUUGGGAUUCUUUUAAACUUGUAAUUAUUUUUUUUAUUGUGGUCAAUAAUAAUAUUGGGGACAAUCCCAGUGGAGGGAUUUCACUUAGAAAAUAUUUGUGCUUAAUGGAUUGUUUUUUGUUUUUGUUUUGGUCAUCACCUACUGUGAAAGAUUUUUCUUUUCUUUUUUUUUUUUUUUCAAAUUUUCUAAUUUGUUAAUUCGGUUCCAUUAUUCUCUUAUGCUCUGACCCUGAAACACCACCACCCUCCCUUUUUUUAAAACAAAAAACAAAUGUUUUCCUUCACUAAUGUUCUGUUAAGAUUCUAAACAUUGUAUUGGAGUCAUUGGUUCUGAAUUUAUCCAACAAUAAAUUCUUCAAAUAUGC